UAACCAGCGGCGUCAUCGUCGUGUACAGUUCUUGCCCAAUAUUUCACGUUUAGAGCUUCGACUCUAGCCAUGGAUUCCUUGCUAUAUACCACGAGGAAUCCUAAACCCUGAAAAAAAAAAAUUCAAAAAAUUGCAUGAAUUCAUAAGAAAUUUCAACAAUUUAAGAAAAGAAAAAUACAAUUGGAUAUAUCUUUUCUUAAUUUCGUGGAGGUUGAUUAUGUAUAGAUCUGAAGCUGUGAUGGCCUGGAACGUGUUUAGGUUCUGCACGGCCCUUCGUGGGUUGGGCUCAAUCAUGAUCGUGUUGGUCCUCGGGGUUGUUGGCGUCACUUAUUACGCCGUUGUCAUCUCCAAUUACGGGCCAUUGCUCGCCGGCGGCGGUGGCGUUAUUGGUAUCCUCAUCUCCUUCGUCGUGUUAGUAUUGUUUCACUGCCUGUUGGUGAUGCUACUGUGGAGUUACUUUUCUGUUGUCUUUACGGAUCCGGGUAGUGUGCCACCAAAUUGGAAGCCAGCUUCAGAUGAAGAAAGGGGGGAUACUGAUCCUUUGACUGCAUCAGAAUUUGGCUCCUUGCCACCUGACACUGCACAGUCAAGAAUCCGAUUUUGUAAGAAGUGCAACCAAUUGAAGCCCCCUAGAUGCCAUCAUUGUUCUGUCUGUGGACGGUGCGUUUUAAAAAUGGACCAUCAUUGUGUCUGGGUUGUGAAUUGUGUUGGAGCUUUGAACUACAAGUAUUUCCUUCUCUUCCUGUUCUACACAUUUCUUGAGACCACCCUUGUGACUUUAUCGUUAUUGCCAAAUUUCCUAGCAUUCUUUGGUGAUGUAGACAUACCUGGUUCUGCAGGAGAUCUCGCAACCACGUUUCUUGCUUUUGUUUUGAACCUUGCUUUUGCUUUGAGUGUUCUGGGAUUUUUGAUUAUGCAUAUCUCAUUGGUCUCAAGGAAUACCACAACCAUCGAGGCAUAUGAGAAGAUGACUCCUUCAAGAUGGCGAUAUGACCUUGGUCGAAAAAGAAAUUUUGAGCAGGUGUUUGGGAUGGACAGACAGUAUUGGUUUAUCCCAGCUUACUCGGAAGAAGAUUUAAGAUCAUUACCUGCUCUCCACGGGCUUGAAUAUCCACUGAAGCCUGGCAUUGAUGGUCAGGAAUUCUAGGGAGCAUUAUCGAGGAAAGCUUUCCCGUGGGACCAAUUGUAUUGUAUACAAGAUGUACGCAUCCCUUCGAGUAACUAAGUGGCUGCAAGUAAAAUCGGGAGUUGAACUGUGCAUAUGCUGGUGAUAAUGCAAGAAUGGCUAGGUUCUGGGUUCUGAAUUGUAGUUAUGUGGUUCAAAUCUCUUUGGUAAUUCAGUUCUUGCAAGUUAAGGGAUGCCAGUGUUUCGUCUCUUAGCAAUCAAUAUUGUAUCUGUUUGCAACCCACCCACCCACCCACGUGUAACUCUGUUCUAGUGCUGCUAUUGUUUGUUAACUGUG